CUUUCAUUUAAGUUCAUCAGUGCCGUUCGACUUUCUUUACAUCAUCGACGUUUUACCAGAAGAAAGAACGAGAUAGAAUGAAAGUGAUCGGUUCCCUCAUCCUCCUCGCUCUGGCAUUAGGCGCCACAUCCGCCAGUUAUGCAGAGAGUGAAGGACACCACGACUUCAGCGGCGGCGGUGGCGGUUCGGGAGGCGGCUACGACCUCGGCGGCGGUCACGAGUUCGAAGGCGGCGUCCAAGAAGUUCACACUGGAGGCGGCGGUGGUGAAAUUGAACACCACCAACAACCCACCAAAUACUUCGAGCACACCAAAGCGGUACCGGUCCACGUCACCAAGAAAGUUGGUGUGCCCGUGCCUCAUCCCGUGGGUGUGCCCGUGCCCCAAGUGGUGAAAGUACCGGUACCGCAGCCGUAUCCCGUGCAUAUCAACGUUCCCCAUCCGGUUGCCAUUCCCAUUUAUAAGUUGAUCCCUCAGGAGAUUGAGAAGAAGGUGCCUAUCCACGUGGAGAAACUUGUACCGGUUUACAUUAAGAAACCUUAUAAGGUGGAAAUCGAGAAGCAUUAUCCGGUUCAUAUUAAUAAGCCUUAUCCAGUGCAUGUACCAGUUUAUAAGCAUGUGUACCACGAGGUUAAGCAUGAGAAGUAUGUUGACCAUGGACACCAUGGGCACCAUUAAUUUUUAUUAACUUUCCUCAUUCACGGACUGAAUCAUUGUGUCAUUUCCAACUGUACAUUUUUCUCUUUCCUAUCAUCCCUUCAUCCCCUAGAUCGUAUUGUUGUUAUUGUUGAUUUUGUUAAUAAAAAAUUGUUGUUUAUA